AUCCAUAAGAAAUUAGUGAAAGCAAAAUUCUUGAGAAGUAAAAUGAAUUUCAAGAACAACAAUUUGGGGAAUAAUCCGCUGCCGGGAGAUGGUGGCGGAGGAGGAGGAGCGUUGACCAGACAAGGUUCGAUAUACUCGUUGACAUUUGAUGAGUUUCAGAGCAGUUUAGGUAAAGAUUUUGGGUCAAUGAACAUGGAUGAGCUGUUAAAGAACAUAUGGAGUGCUGAAGAAACACAAGCCAUGGCUAUGGCUGCUUCAACUAGUGGUGUGGUUCCACUUACCGGAGCAGGCCAAGAGGGGUUGCAGUUGCAGAGGCAAGGCUCGUUGACUCUACCUCGAACGCUCAGCACGAAAACCGUUGAUCAAGUGUGGAAAGAUCUUUCUAAAGAUGGAAUCAAUGGAGGAACAAACUUGUCUCAGUCUCAGAGUCAGAGUCAGAGUCAGAGCCAGAGGCAGCAAACGUUAGGUGAAGUAACUCUUGAGGAGUUCUUGGUCCGUGCUGGUGUUGUGAGAGAGGAAACUCAGAUCGCUGCAGACGAUAAAGGCGUUAACUUUGGUAACGAUCCUAACGCGGGUUUCGCUGUCCAGGCUUCUUCUCCGCGAGUUGUUCCCGGUUUAAUGGGGAAUCUUGGUGUAGAGAAUGUGAAUCAGUUGCAGGUUCAAGGUUCUAAUUUGCCUCUGAAUGUUAAUGGAGCUAGAUCAACUUACCAGCAACCGCAACUGCAACCGCAACCGCAACAGCUGAUCAUGCCUAAGCCGACUGGUUUUGGUUACGGAACACAAACUGCAAGAGGUGGUCUUAUGGUACUUGGAGAUCAGAACAAUAUGGGAUUGGUCCAAGGUACUGGAGGAGCCAUGGGAGUUGGUGCUGUGUCUCCUGUUACGCCAUUGUCAUCAGACGGUAUAGGGAAGAACAAUGGUGAUUCUUCGUCGCUCUCUCCUUCUCCUUACAUGUUUAAUGGUGGUGUGAGGGGUAGAAAGAGUGGCACUGUGGAAAAAGUUGUUGAGAGGAGGCAAAGGAGAAUGAUCAAGAACAGAGAGUCAGCUGCGAGGUCACGGGCUAGGAAACAGGCUUAUACCGUGGAGCUUGAAGCUGAAGUUGCGAAGUUAAAGGAAGAGAAUGACGAGUUGCAACGAAAACAGGCAAAGAUUAUGGAAAUUCAAAAGAAUCAGGAGAUAGAGAUGAUGAUGAAUCUUGAAGGAGGUGCAAAGAAAAGGCUUAGGAGGACAGAGUCGGGACCUUGGUGA